AUGGUGUAUACUGGGCGCAGCAAAGGGUGUUUUCUGUGCCGUAAGCGCAAAGUCAAGUGCGACGAAGCGCUUCCAGAAUGCGGCAACUGUCGCGUUUACGGCAAGCCAUGUCCGGGAUACAGACUCGAGUCUAUAUUCAGAAAUGAGACUUCUAAAGUCGAGCAGCUUGUCAAGAAAUCAGGCAGAUCAUCGCCAUCUUCAUCUUCACCUUCCAGCAGCCGGCGGGGUAGUCGGCGAGAUUCUACCUCCCCAUUAUCAUUAACCACCCAACGGGUCGCGGAUUCCUCGUGGGAGGAGCGAGCGCUCUGCUUUUUCUUCGACCAGUAUACUUCUGGCGACGACCCGGAUGAAGCUAUGAGUUAUUUAUCGUUCUUGCCGUCUUUGUACUCUGCCUGUCGAGAUAAUGGGUCUGAUAGUCCGACGGCUUUGUGCCUGCGCAAUGCUGUUGAUGCGACGGCUCUCAUGACACUGAGCAACCAUGCCAACGCCGCCCCGCUUGUGGUGCGUGCUAGACAGCACUAUGGGAAUGCAUUACAGGGGUUACAGGCGGCGUUAUAUGAGAAAAAGAACGCCGUCAAGGAUGAGACUUUUGCGUCCAUGGUAUUGCUUGCACUUUUUGAAGACAUCACGGGCGAGCGGAACGGGCUUGCUAGUUCGCAUGCGGCAGGUUUUGAGUUUUUGAUGAAGUUGAGAGGGGAGGACCAGCUUGGACAUGCGCAGGGGAGAGGUCUGUUUCAUUUCGCAUAUACUCAUACGCACGUCGAGAUGCUUGCGCUCCGAGGAAGGCCCCAUUACAACACGGAUUGGAUUGUUGAGCGUCUAAGCGGUGCAGACCCAAUCGCACGAUUGAUCCUUGCCGCAUCCAAAAUGAGCCAGCUAUUCCUCGCCACAACUUCGCUCCAGCAUCUACUCCCUAUAUCUACACCACUUGAUUCAGACACUGUUUCACAGCUCACCUUUCUCCUCCUAUUAGGCCGGCAAAUAGAUCUCGAACUCACGUCCUGGAGCCAGGACCUCCCUGACCGCUGGCUCCCCCUCGUCAUUUAUCCCAAUAAAUCUGACAGUAAUGACUUCUUAAUCACCUACCACCACCUCUCUAUCGCCUCUGUUUGGACCUACUACCGAGCGGUCCGUAUAGUCUCACACGUCAUCAUGCUCGGACUACGAAAGGCCCUCGCCGCUGCGACGGGCGAAGUCCCCGAAGACACGGGGACAGAAGUACCGGCAGUCGUCCAGAAAAUGAUCACAGAUAUAUGCCGCAGUAUACCAUUCUGCCUCGGCGACGUCGAUAUGAUGGGUAACCGAACGGCCUCCGCUUCUCCCAGCGCAGAAUCUAAGCCCCAGCCUCGUGCGCGCGCAUUUUCGGUGUAUUCAAUGGUCUGGCCAUUGUGGUAUAUUCUUUCAUGCGGCUUAGCUACACCGGAACAGGAGCAGCAAAUACGUAGCUGUUUGUCGAGGGUUGGAUCCGUCCUAGGAAUCAAGCUGGCAUUGGUUCUGGCGGAGGAUGCAUCAAGCCAGAAAAGAUCGUCUAUCUCUGUCUCUGGGUCGUUGUUUGGGGCUCAAUAA